CAUGGAGUAUCUGUACCAAGCCGGUUGGUGGUAUACAAACAAGGGAAAGAGAAUGUACUAAUCCAGAACCAGCAAAUGGUGGGAAACACUGCAAUCGGGCCAGAGCACUGCUGAGAGAAUGUAGCAACACGUCCAGUUGUCAUCAAGCAUUUCCACUGCGUUUUAAAACAGAAAAGAACCCAUCUGUCGGUAGAAUGGAAAUCUACACGAACAAUAGCUGGGAAAAGCUUUGUACCAGUGAAUGGGAUGAAGCUGAUCUCAAUUUAACCUGCAUGGCCAUGGGCUAUUAUAACAACGGUGUUUAUGUUAAUAACACACGGUAUGCAGAAAGAGGCAACACCUCCAAGACAUCCAUCUGCCACAACUGCACCAUUCCAACUACAUGUGAAAAAAACCUGGCAAAGAAACAGCAAUUUUGCAAAGUUCCUGUUCGCUUGAAUGGUGCAAAUGUGGAGUAUGGAGGAAGAGUGGAAGUAUUUUACAAAGGUAAAUGGGGAAAGAUCUGCAGGAAUGGAUGGGAUUUUGACGAUGUCAAAGUCAUUUGUCGUCAACUUGGCUUUAAGGAGGCUUUGGCGGAAUUCAUUGGUUCAGACGUGAAGGAUAAGGGAAUUCCUACUGUAAUGUCAGAUGUCUCUUGCAAAGGAGAUGAGCCAGAACUUGCAUUUUGUGCUCGUACUGAUGGAAAGGUUAAUAUCCCACCCCAAUGUUUAUCAGAUGGCAAGGACUCUCAGGCGUUGUGUCAACCAAAGAACAAAAAAGUGUUGGACAAAAAAGAACUCUAUUUUGAAAUUGGUAGCAAUGAAAAGCUUCAAUGCUCAAUACAUAAUGAAAGCAGAUAUACAGGAUGGGCCAUUAAUGGUCAAACAGUGAACUCUACUUAUCAAAGAUUCAGGACUAAAGAAACUGGUGAACUGUUUAUUGACAAGGUGCUGUUGUCUGAUGGAGGAUUAUACGAAUGCUACAGAUUGGAAUAUGUUCAAUAUUACGUUGUCUACGUUAAUGCAAAAUUUACUAAGAACACGCUAGACGAACAAACCUUGAUUGCGGACACAUCUGGUUUAUUAAGCUGCGGUGCCGAGGGAGUACCGAGCCCACAGAUAUCUUGGAGUAAAAAAGGACGAAACUCUUUAGACCACAUGCGAUUUUAUCAAGUAUCCAACGGCAGCCUAUUUAUUAGAUCCGUAAAGUAUGAAGACAAUGGGAUAUUCAUUUGUACAAUGAAACAAACUAAAGGACCAAAGAGGAUCACAAGCAAUGAUAAAACCAUACUUUUGACAGUUAUGG